GAUUUUGUGCCACCCUGUGUACGUGCUUAACCUUUAAGUGUUUUGCUAGAGACGCCCACCACCCAACUCUUCGCUGCUUCGGAAAAGUACUCGAUGGCUAUGCUUGGCCAGCGGGUCCGGGCCAACCCGGCAUCGCUUCGCGCGGCGUCUCAUGAGGUCAAGCCCAUCGUGGCUGGCCCGGUGCGCAGCCAGGUGCGGCGCAGUGGCGCGGCCGUGGCGGUGCGGGCCACGUACCAGCCCCCGCCCGGCUCCACCGUCAACGGCGCGCCCACCACCAGCCGCCCGGGCGUCAGCGGCGUGCCCGCCAUCUUCACCAACAUUGAGUCCAUGAUCCAGCAAACCUUCAACAGCACUCAGCCCGGCCAGCGCAACGACUGGCGCGAGGUGGAGGGCUGCUACGUGCUGUUCCCGCCCAGCGGCCGCACGCCCUCCGCCGUGGCGCACUUCCUGGGAGAGGCCUUUGUGGGCGCCGCGCCGCAGAUGGCCUACCGGCUGUUCCUGGAGGCGCUGGCCAACCGCGACAUCCUGGUCAUCGCCACGCCCUACAGCACUUCGUUUGACCACCUGCGCAUCGCGGACGAGGCGCAGUUCCGCUUCGACCGCGCGGUGCGGGCUCUGGGCCCCGCCACCGCCACGCUGCCCACCUACGGCGUGGGCCACGGCCUGGGCUCGCUCAUCCAGCUGCUCAUCUGCGCGCGAUACGCAGUGCAGCGCGCCGGCAACGUGCUGAUGUGCUACAACAACCGCCCCGCCGCCGACACCAUCCCGCUGCUGAGCCCGCUCAUCGUGCCCAGCGCGCGGGUGCUGGGGCCCAUCAUCAACCAGAUCGCCGCCUCGCCCGUGCGCACCACCGUGGAGUCCAUCAGCGAGACGGUCAAGGGCCUGAGCCCCAGCCUGGUGCGGCAGGUGCUGCCGCUGCUGGAGCAGCUGGCGCCGCUGUACCUGGACGCGGCGGCGGGCAAGGCCGAGUUCCUGCCCACGCCCGAGGAGACGCGCAUGCUGGUGCGCACCUACUACGGCGUCAGCCGCAACAUGCUGCUGCGCUUCAAGGACGACUCGCUGGACGACACCAACAACCUGGUGCAGCUGCUGCAGGGCUCCUCCUCUGUGGGCGAGGUGCUGGACCUGACUGUGCGCACGCUGCCGGGCGACCACCUGCGGCCGCUGCACCAGGCCUUUGUGGACCUGCCGCCCGACCUGGCGCGCCUGGCCGCAGGGGCCGUGGAGUCCACCGGCGGCGCGCUGGGCCGCCUGGCCACUGUGGCGGGGCAGCUGGGCGUGUCGGCGGCCACUGCGCCGCUGGAGGAGCUCAGCCGCGGCGUGGUGGGCGUGAGCGGCAUGCUGGGCGGCCAGGUGGGCGGCCCGCUGACGGACUCCAUGCAGGGCCUGGCGGACGAGGUGGCGGCGUGGAUGGGCUCGGGCGCGGUGGCCAUGAGCGGCACCCGCGCGCUGCCCGCCUCCUCGCUGGGCGCCAACGGCAACGGCGGCGGCGGCUACGGCUACGGCGGCUACAACUCCAGCGGCGUGCCCAACAGCUUCAACUCGUCCUCGCCCUCGGGGCUGUGAGGCCGCCCCGGUAGCAGCGGCGGCGGCAGCAGCAGCAGUGCGGGAGCGCGAGAGAGAGGCAGGUGAUGGCAGGACUGACUGGGCACUGAGCGCGGCUGAAGAGGAGAAGCGGCUUGGGGAGCUGGCGGUCUCAAUAGGCAGGGAAGAGGGAGUCGUAGGGGGGAAGGGUAUUGCAGGGGGAGCUUGGGGCGGGACUGGCGUGUUCGUGCACUGAAACACGCGUUUGUACUGUGUCGUGUGUCGUGACCGGUGGUCUUGCGUGUCCCUAUUUGUGUGCGGGUGCUCUGAGGCCGUGCGGGCACUUUGCUGCCGAGUGUGCGCUGGAGGCCCGGGGGGGGAGUGCGGCGGCGGCGGCGGCGGCAGGGACCGCAGACUGCUGGAGGCUGGUGGACUGCAGACUGUGAGAGUGAGGCGAGAGGUGUGACGGCAAUGGUGUCCCCGACUUCCGUACUGCGGCGUGACGGGAAGGCAGAAUGUUCCCCAUCCUGACCCUUGAAUACAUGUGUGCGACAUUGCCCAUGUGUCGGCCCUGCGUGAAGGGGUCGGGCGCGCGAUUGAUUGACGUUACAUGCAUCACCAUGGAUGCGUGUGCAUCUGCGUGUGUACGUGAGAAGCUGUUGCUGCGUGGCGGCUGUAAUGGUGACUACGCAGUAAAGAUUAUUUCAAAUGGGUAUACCGUAGUGUAGGGGCCGCGGGCGUGCGCCUGCAAGUCUCAUGCCGCUUCAUCGGCACUAAUAAAUGUUGGUCGGUGCUUGCCUUCAUGCCGGGCGGUCGGGAGCAUUCCCGGCGGCUUCGAGUGGUGGAGGGCCGUGCCCGCAGCCUUUGAUGGGAGCUCUCUUUCUUUUCAAGAUUAUUUUUGAUGCUCGAUGCUCUUACUCUUUCAUCUGCGAGAUUCUGUAAACGUCAAUGUCU